GAGUGCUUGCUGCGGGCUGGGGGAGGCGGCGGCGAAGGAGGUGGAGGCGAAGCGGGGCCAGCCGGAGGCGACGGCGGCAACCCGGCUGCGGUGAUGGUGCGUGUGUCCGGGGCCGGUACAGAGCUGCCCGGCUGAGGGGCGCCAGGUCCGGGGUCCGCAGCGCCGCCGCGUCUCUCCCGGGGCCGUGCGGGCUGGCGGGAAGAUGCUGAGCAGGUUGAUGAGCGGCAGCAGCAGGAGCCUGGAGCGCGAGUACAGCUGCACCGUGCGGCUGCUGGACGACAGCGAGUACACCUGCACCAUCCAGAGAGAUGCCAAAGGCCAGUACCUGUUUGACCUUCUCUGCCACCACCUGAACCUGCUUGAGAAAGACUACUUUGGGAUCCGCUUUGUAGACCCUGAUAAGCAGCGGCAUUGGUUGGAGUUUACAAAGUCUGUGGUGAAGCAAUUGAGAUCCCAGCCUCCGUUCACCAUGUGUUUCCGUGUGAAGUUUUACCCUGCCGACCCUGCUGCCCUGAAAGAAGAAAUAACCAGGUACUUAGUUUUCCUGCAGAUCAAAAGGGAUCUCUACCACGGCCGACUCCUCUGUAAAACAUCAGAUGCCGCCUUGUUAGCUGCUUAUAUUCUUCAAGCGGAGAUUGGAGAUUAUGAUCCAGGGAAACAUCCUGAAGGCUACAGCUCCAAGUUCCAGUUUUUCCCUAAGCAUUCAGAGAAGCUGGAGAGAAAAAUUGCUGAGAUUCACAAGACAGAACUUAGUGGCCAAACACCAGCAACAUCAGAGCUGAACUUCCUAAGAAAAGCGCAGACGUUGGAGACAUAUGGUGUGGACCCUCACCCCUGUAAGGAUGUGUCAGGAAAUGCUGCCUUUCUGGCCUUCACUCCUUUUGGGUUUGUUGUUCUGCAAGGAAACAAGAGAGUCCACUUCAUUAAGUGGAAUGAGGUGACCAAGCUGAAAUUUGAAGGAAAGACUUUCUAUUUAUACGUAAGUCAGAAAGAGGAAAAGAAAAUUAUUCUCACAUAUUUUGCUCCAACUCCGGAAGCCUGCAAGCACCUUUGGAAAUGUGGAAUCGAGAACCAAGCCUUUUAUAAGCUGGAGAAGUCAAGCCAAGUCCGCACAGUGUCCAGCAGCAAUUUAUUCUUUAAAGGGAGCCGGUUCCGAUACAGUGGCCGAGUUGCAAAGGAAGUAAUGGAGUCGAGUGCCAAGAUCAAAAGAGAGCCGCCAGAAAUACACAGAGCAGGGAUGGUUCCCAGCCGCAGUUGUCCCUCCAUAACCCAUGGCCCAAGGCUGAGCAGUGUCCCCAGGACUCGGAGAAGAGCUGUUCACAUCUCAAUCAUGGAAGGCCUAGAGUCUCUGCGGGACAGUGCCCACUCCACCCCAGUGCGUUCCUCCUCCCAUGGGGAUACCUUCCUGCCUCACGUGAGAAGCAGCCGGGCAGACAGCAAUGAGCGAGUUGCUGUGAUUGCGGACGAGGCCUACAGCCCUGCAGACAGCGUGCUGCCCACCCCUGUGGCUGAGCACAGCCUGGAGCUGAUGCUACUUUCUCGGCAGAUCAACGGGGCCACCUGCAGCAUCGAGGAGGAGAAGGAGUCCGAGGCCAGCACCCCGACUGCUGCAGAGGUGGAGGCUCUUGGGGGACAGCUGAGGGCCCUCUGUCAGGGGCACGGCGGGCCAGAGGAGGAACAGGUGAAUAAGUUUGUUUUAAGUGUCCUCCGUUUGCUCCUUGUGACCAUGGGACUCCUCUUUGUUUUGCUCCUCCUCCUCAUCAUUCUUACCGAGUCUGACCUUGACAUUGCCUUUUUCCGAGAUAUCCGCCAGACCCCUGAGUUUGAACAGUUCCACUAUCAGUACUUUUGUCCCCUCAGGCGAUGGUUUGCCUGCAAAAUCCGCUCCGUUGUGAGCCUGCUCAUUGACACCUGAGAAGGCAUGACUCCUCCCCCCAAGUAGCCAGGUGGACCCAGGAGCCUGGCUACCCCUUCCCAGCAAUGGGACCCAUCACGGAACCAUCGGCAUAUGUACCAAGCUCUCCUCUCAUGACUCAGUCCACAGCCUAGGAGGGUCGUUCCCCAGAAGAAAGGGAUAGGCACAUGCCCUGUCUCCACACACUGGGAAAACUCAUUUCCUUCAGAGGUUCUUCCAAGAAAGGCUCCGCGACUCUUUCUCAUCCUUCCAAGUUGCAGGAUAAUUUUUGGUUUUGGAAUCUUGAUUUUUUUUCAUAGAUGUGUAUUAUUUUGGAAGUAUCAAAUAAAAAUAAUUUAUUUUACUACUACUGAAUAUCGCAGUGUGUCACCUAGCAGGUGGGACACUGGGUGGAGACUAGGCAGCUGCUGUCGCUGCCUGCGGGAACAUUUCCUGCCUGAUCCCAGCAGGCAGGCUCAUCACUGCAGCCUGGGGUGGGCGGUGGAGGCCGCCUAGGUUUUCCUGCCAGAGAUCUUAAAGAAGUAAACAUCUGUGUAGAGUGAUUAAAUGGAAAGUUGCUGCUUAUGAUGGUCUGAGUUGGAUUUUCUUCUCUUUUUCCCUCCCUCAAAUCUGAGCAGAGUGGGCAUCAGAAGGGACCACGGCUACAGCAGCAGCAGCAGCAGGGGUGGGGUAAGUCUGUCCCCUUAGACUAGAUCAUAGCGGGCAUCACCAUGACUUCUGAGGAAUGGAUGGAGGCUUCUUUGAUUUCUUUUUUUCUUUUUCUUUUUCUGAAGCACCUCUAGACUUUUAUAGUGCUCCAGAGACUUUAGAUUAAUUCAGUGGUGUAAGAAGUAGGGCUAUCAGGAAUAUUGGACAAACAGGUGUAGUUAACAGAAACCAGAGCUACGGUGCCCGAGAGACUAUGAAAAUUCAGAGAGCAGAACUUAUUUUGUAUACCUCACCACCCCUCCCAAAAGAGAGACUAUUUCAAUUUAUAUUUUAACAACAAAAUGUUAUUUUCUUAUCAAUUCAUAUUUUGUUUUUACUUUACGGAUUAAGACAAUAGCACCUGAUGAACUAAAUGAUGCAAGAAAGAAACUGAUGCUGAGAAGCAAAAGCUUCAGGAAAGAGAAUUUCAAGAUCAACCAACAGCCUUUGAAGGGACCAGGAAAAGAAUCUCUUUAAAUAGGAUUUCUAAGAGAGGUCUACACAAGAAAGAAGGUGACCGCGGCAGAGACCAACACUUAGGUGUAGAAAUACUGCCCCCUAGGGUUCCUCCGCAUCAGGACGGAGAAAUGAAAGGAGAGCACUUCCCAGCCUCACUGAGGAAAGCAAGCGGGACAAGGGCAAAUGUGGGAUCCAUGGCCCAAGCUCUGUGAUGCUUAACUAACUGCACCCAGAGCUUGUUUUCGUCUCAGGGAGAGGUUUCUAAGUCAUCAGGGGCCUGAGGACUUAUUGUAUGAAUGCCAGUGUGGAAUGGAAGGAGUCACUUACAGAUCUGCUCUCUCCUAGACGACAGAACCAUGGUUAUAAUAUUACAGCUGUGGAAUAAAUGGGGUUCCCUUUAUGUGGUGUGGGGAUAAGGAGCGCUGCAUAAUUUUAAGUGCUCUCUGAUCUAGGCCAGGGGUUGGCAAACUUCUUCUGGCAAAGUGUCAGACCACAAAUAGAUUUUUUUUUUUUUGGUUUUGUGGGCAGAUUUUUUUUUUUUUUUUUUUUUUGGUUUCGUGGGCCAUUCUCUGUGGCAACUACUCAACUCUGCCACCAUAGCACAAAAACAGCCAUAGGUAACACAUACUAAAGAGCACGGCUAUAUUUCAAUAAGGCUUUCUUUACAAAAAAACAGGUAGUGAGCUGCAUUUGGCCCACAAUGCCGUCAUUCACCAACUCUGAUCUAGACAAUAAAUCUGCUCCUAACCAGUUACGUCGGUAGAGCAAGUGUCAGCUCUGCUUCCAUCCUGACACACAGUAAAGAUCUAGGGCCAUUUCCCAGUGGAGACACAGGUUGCUCAGCUAACCAGCAGAGAUGCCUGGUGCCAAGAUCAAGCGCUGGAAUGCUAGAACACAGCCAGCAUCUAGAGAUGGAAGGGGGCCCGUUUGAUCAUUUUUCAUACCAGCAACAAUUUGGGUAGAGCUGCAAAUAUGACAAGACAAGCUGUGUGUGUGUGUGGGGGGGGAGAGACCUAGAGCGAUUAGGGGAUCACUUUGAACCAAUCAGUCACUGCCACUUGUCAUCUCCACAGGAAAGGCUUUUAAUUUAGCACAGGAAUGAAGUGAAAACAGACAUGGAUAAAAAGGCUGUCGGGAAGGCUUGGUUUUUACCUGGAUCUCUACUGUCUUAUGCAACAUAGCAGAUAACCUAUUAGUGUAGUGUUCCUACCUCAGUCUGUAGAAUGCAGUGUUUCUAUGCAGUGAGUGAUAGCCUCAACUCUGACCUUUCAUGUUCAUCUAAAGAAAGAUGCAGUAUUUCAUUUCCUGGUGUGUUUAGUUGUGUCUCGAGUUUUAAUACAGUAGUUCAUACCACUUCCACAGCUGGAGUUUGCUCUCUGAGUAGAAACUUUCAGGUGUGUUUUAUCCAGAGCUCAUCCCACAAGAAUAGACAAAGGUUUCCUUCAAUUUGUUUUUCAAAUAGUGCUUGAUAACAAAUUUCCUUUGUCUGUGACUAGUUUUUUUUGUUUGUUUGUUUUUGGUAUCUCCUCGUCAUUAAAAAUUUGAAGUUUUUUAA